AUGUCCAUCCCAUCCGGAAGUAUUGGUGUGGAGAGCAGGAGGAAGGGAUCCAAGCGGGUGUGCCCAAUGAGCACCAGGCGCGCCGGCCGGGGCUUGUGGGUAGGUACAGGUUACGAGGUAUUAAACGUUACGCUAUGGGAAGGGGGGUUGGCCAGGGUACAGGUUCCAGGGAUCAGAAACGUUGGUGCGGUGGAUCAACCAGGGGGUGGGUUCUGGCAAAUGGAGGUGCGGGUAGCGAUACAUCGAUUUGGCGGGCAAGGGGGGUAA